AUGAGAGAAGUUAUCAGUGUUAACGUUGGUCAAGCUGGUUGUCAAAUUGGUAAUGCCUGUUGGGAAUUGUAUUCUUUAGAGCAUGGUAUUGCUCCAGAUGGUUAUUUACAAGAAGGGUUAAAGAAACCUACAGGUGGCGAAGAAGGAUUUUCCACAUUCUUCAACGAAACUGGCUCAGGUAAGUUCGUUCCUCGUGCAGUUUAUGUGGAUUUGGAGCCAAAUGUGAUUGAUGAAGUGCGCACAGGUGCUUACAGAGACUUUUUCCAUCCAGAACAAUUAAUCAGUGGUAAAGAGGAUGCAGCUAACAAUUAUGCUCGUGGUCAUUACACCGUUGGUAGAGAAUUGUUGGAUGAUAUCUUGGACAGAGUAAGAAAAAUUUCCGAUCAAUGUGAUGGUCUACAAGGUUUCCUUUUCACCCAUUCCCUAGGUGGUGGUACAGGGUCUGGUCUUGGCUCAUUGUUAUUGGAACAUUUGUCAUUGGAUUAUGGUAAAAAAUCUAAAUUAGAAUUCGCUGUGUACCCAGCUCCACAAGUUUCCACCUCAGUGGUUGAACCAUACAAUACCGUGCUAACUACACAUACUACUCUAGAACAUGCUGACUGUACAUUCAUGGUGGAUAACGAAGCCAUUUACGAGAUGUGUAAGAAGAACCUUGAUAUUCAAAGACCAAGUUUCUCCAACUUGAACAAUUUGAUCGCUCAAGUAGUAUCCUCGGUAACAGCUUCUUUGAGAUUCGAUGGUUCAUUAAACGUGGAUCUCAAUGAAUUCCAAACCAAUCUAGUCCCAUACCCAAGAAUUCAUUUCCCAUUGGUCUCUUAUGCUCCUAUACUAUCAAAGAGUAAAGCACAUCACGAAUCUAACUCUGUUGCUGAGAUAACAAACGCUUGUUUCGAACCAGGUAACCAAAUGGUUAAAUGUGACCCAAGAACAGGUAAAUACAUGGCUACAUGUUUACUUUACAGAGGUGAUGUCGUUACAAGAGAUGUUCAAAAUGCAGUUGCUCAAAUCAAGACAAAGAAAACCGUCCAAUUGGUGGACUGGUGUCCAACCGGUUUUAAAAUUGGUAUCUGUUACCAAGCUCCAACUGCUACACCUAACUCUCAACUAUCUUCCGUGAACAGAGCUGUCUGUAUGCUAUCCAACACUACUGCCAUCGCUGAUGCUUGGAAGAGAAUCGACAAAAAAUUCGAUCUAAUGUACGCCAAGCGUGCUUUCGUCCAUUGGUACGUUGGUGAAGGUAUGGAAGAAGGUGAGUUCACCGAAGCUAGAGAAGACUUGGCAGCUUUGGAAAGAGACUACUACGAAGUUGGCGCCGAUUCUUAUGCUGACGAGGAAUUUUAA